AUGAGCUAAUAGAAAAACUUCAUUACAACAGAUAAAGGGAUUACCUAUGUAAUAGAGAAUAUGCUCGGUAGCGGGACUGGAGGAUAAGUUUAUAAAGCCUACAGAGAUGAACCAACAUAAGUGAAAGCAUAUGUGGCUCUGAAAAUUUAGGGCAAUUUAGAAAUUUAAGAAAGUUAAACUUUAAAAACACUAAGUGAACAUAAGUUGCAUCACAUCGUUAAUAUAUUGGACUUAGAUUCAUAUAAUAAUUAUAUUGUUAUCAUAAUGGAUUUGGCUACAGGUUCUUUCCAAGAAUUUUGGAAGAAUGAGAGAAUAGUUGACAUAAAGCUUAUUCUACACUAUUUCCUUUAAGUAAAAAUAGAAUUAAUAAUUUAAGAUAGUUUAGGGGACAGAGGAAUUGCAUAGUUUAUCUUUAAUACAUAGAGAUUUGAAAUUGGAUAAUGUAGUGUACAUGGAAAUAAAUAACCAAAAGCAUCUAAAAUUAUGCGAUACUGGACUAAUGAGAGAGAAAAGUGGCAGAAAGACAAUAACAGUAGGAACGCCAUAUUACAUGGCACCUGAGUAAAUCAAUUAAAAUAUCUAUGAUGAGAAAAUCGACAUUUGGGCAUUGGGUAUGAUACUGUACGAAAUGAUAGCCAAAAAAACUAUGGUUGAUGGUAAAAAGUAUAUUUAAUUUACAAGGAAAUUCAAUUCAAUCAAUAUUGCAAUCUAUCUUAAAUUUAAGGUAGGAUUAAAUUAAUUAACAGAUCGAUUCAUUGUUCAUUAGCAAUUAUGAAUAUUCAUAAGAUAUUAAAUUGUUGUUAAAAUAGAUGAUAAAUGUAAGAAGCAAUGAAAGGAGUAAAGCAAAUGUGAUAGUUUAGAAGCUGAAAAAAAUAUUGAAAAUUGAGGAGAUUCAAUCAAGUAUUAAUGGUCUUUAAUAAUCUUAAUUUCAGUAAUUUCAAUUCAAUACCUCUGUUUAUAAAGAACAAAUAAAAUAAGAGAUUUAACAAGAAUUAGAAGAAAAGAAAAAUUAAGAGUUCAAAAAAUUGGAAGAAUAAUAUCAAAAGGAUUUAAAAUAAAUUAGAGAGGAAUCUGAUGAAUAGCAUCAAAAAUAGAUGAGAGAUGAAAUUAAUAAAAUUCGAAAGGAAAUAGAGGUUGACUAGAAAGCCAAGUUUGAAUAAGAACUACAACUCAAGGAAUAAUAAUUAUAAUAAGAAUAUCAAUUUUAGUUGACUUAAGUAAAUGAGAAGUAAAAGUAGGAACUUACAAACAAAUACGAUGAGGAUUUGUUGAAAUAAAAAAAAUAAAUGGAAUUGUAAUAUCAAUAAAAAGUUGAUCAGCAAAUUUCAUUAAAGUAGUAGUUUCUCAUAAAAGAAGUGGAAGAGAAAAUUAGAUAAGAAUAACAAAAUAAGGAAACCGAACUUAAGAAGCAGCUUUAGGAAAAAUUGUCACACCAGUAUUAAUAAGACUUCGAAUAGAAACUGAAGGAUUUAAGUGAAUUCUAAAAUUAAUUUGUAAUAACUCAAUAAAAUAUCUUGAAAAGUAGAAGUCUCAUUGAAAAUUAAUUAAAGGAAUUAAAAUAAUAACUUUAACAAUAACAAAUGCCAUCCCAAAACUAUUCUCUUUGUAAUUAAGACUUUUAAAAGUAAUUAGAGGAUAGAUUAUAAUAAUUGAUGUCAGUGAGUUAUUAAAUUGAGAAAUUGAAUUUUAUUUAACAACAAAAUUACGACUGCAAUUAAAUUGAUGAAAAUCGAAAAAAGUUAACAGCAAUCAUUAAUUCUUCAUAACAAUUUUUGAACCCUUUUGUUGUUGAUAGCUUUAUUAAGAAAUUAAAUCAAUAACUCAAGAGUAUCGCUGAAGAAUAGACAAGGUUGUCAUUAGAAAAUGAACAAUAACGAUUGACAGCCUUUUUUAAAGAUUAUUAAGAGCUUAUUGAUUAAAUCGAUUCUAUGAUUUCAAAAUAAUAGCUCAUGAUGCAGAACUUAAAUGUAAAUGCUGAUUAGCUAAUUUAAAAAGAUAAUUAAUUAUAGGCAGAAAUCCAAUUUGUAAAUCAAAAGUUUAAUGAGAUGAGAGCAGAAUUCAAAUUACAUUAGUCAAUAAUGAAGAAUACUUCCAUAAGAGAAUAAACUCAAACUGAAAAAUUAAAUAAAUCUUUUAUGGAUUUAAGAGAUCAAUUUAUUGAAUUUGGAAAAAAAUUAGAUAAAGCCCAAAUUAGAGUUUCUUAAUAAAAAGAAAAAGACCUACAGUUGAUUAUGAAUGAUUUAUAGAAACUUAUUUUGUAAGUCAACGAAUGGGAAUAAAAAAUAAAUUAUAAUAAUGAUGAAUAAUAAACGUAGUUCUCAAAUGAGGAGUAAGAAAUUCUUCUAUAGUUAAACACAUAGUUAUAAAAUUUUGUUGAAAUCAAGACUAAAAUAUAAUCAUUAAGAUCUUAAUUAAAAUCAAAUCAAAUUUAGUAUUCCAACAAGAUUUUUACUACAAUCAAAACAGAAUUUGAAAUUUCUGCCUUUAAAAUAGAGUAGUUAUAUAAUAAUUAUAUAAAAAUGUUAAAUAGAUUGUAAGCCUUAAGUUUACAAUAACAUUAAGUAAUUACGGAACAUCGAAAUCUAAAAGAAAAAUUAAGAAAACACUACCAGAGUUUAUCGUAGAAGUAUGAUCAUAUAGCCAAUGAAUACAAAGAUAUUUAGAAUGUAUGUAAAAAUGAAGAAAAGUUUGAAUCUAUAUUGUUAGUAAUAGAGAGAUAAGAAAAAACUCUUCAAAACGGUUAUUAAGAGAGAAUCGUUUAAAUUAAUGAAGAGAUUGCUGAUUUUGAAAAGAAAGUGUUCUAGAACUUAGGAGAGGUGUAAUAAGCAGAAAGUAAAAUUUCCUUUAAAUUGGAGUUCAUAUCUGACCAUCUUAGAUAUGAAUUAUAACAACUUAAUGUAAUCAAAUAAUAAGCAACAGAGUAAAAGGAUGAAUAUUUAGAAAAAAAUUAUUAAUCUUUUUUAAGAUCUUUAGAAGAAUUGUAAACAGCAUAGAAUAGCCUAUAGCUAACUCAAACAGAAUAGCAAUACUAUGAUAAUAUAGACAAUAAAUAAUCCUUACUUCAAAAUUCUAUCAAAGAGUAUUAAUAAAAAUUAGAUGAAGAUGAAGCAAACACUCGCUUAAUUACUUCUAUUAAUAUUACUAAAUAUAACUAUUAUGCCUUAUAAUAGAAGAUAAAGAAUUAAAUUUAGCAAUUUUAGGAAAAGGAAACUUUUUAUAAGGAAUUGGUUGAAAAAUAAAAAGAAAGGAUUUCUUAGAUUGAAGAGGAAGUAAAAGCGUUCAAUCAUGAUUAAAUAGUGGGGAGUGUUAGAAAUUACUUGGAUAAAUUCAAAAAAAUUACUGAAAAUAUUGAUUCUCUGAAUCAUGAAAGUUAAAACUUAGACAAGGAGAAAAAAAAGGCUCACAUAAAUUAGUUUAAUAACUAAAUAUAAAUUUAUAGGGAAGAAAUUAAGGAAUUGCAAAAAUAGAAGUAAGAAAAUACUGUUUAAUUUAAUAAUCUUCAAUUUUAUGAUAUAAAAAUUGAAAUAAUCAAAUGUUUUGAUUUUCUUUUUUAGUAAUUCUGUAUGCAUUAGAGGGAAAUGCGAUAUUAUGAGUACCAAUAAACGUAGAGCAAUUAGAAUUAAUAGUAAAAAAAAAAUCAAGAUGAUAAUCUAAAAUUACAUGCGAUAUGUUUUGGGAAUUUAGAAAUAUGCUUUAACAAGUAUUUUUCAAAGAAUUAAUCAUCUCAAGAUCAGCUGUUAGUUUAAUCUGUAAAGAAAUAUCUUAAUGAAAAUAGGUCUACUAAUUAAUAAUCAGUAUUAGAAUUAUCACUUGAAAUGGAUCUUUUAAAGGACCUGUAAGAGAUAAACAAACAUUUGGAAAAUUAGAGUAAGUCACUUUAAGAAAAAGUAAAAAAACAAAAUAAAGUGAAAUUAAAUGCUAAAAUUAAAUUAUUAUCUCAAGCAAUUUCCAACGAUUAAAAUAAAUAAUUUUUCUUAAAUAUACAGCAAGCAUUUGAAUAUCACAUCCCUAAAUUAAAAGAAAUAAAUUUAGCAAAAUGGAAAAAAUAACCAUCUUGA